AUGGAGAGAGAUGGCCUUCGAGCGGAGACAGCUGCCUACCUGAAGGACGCCAUGGCCGUGCUCCUAGAAGUGCGCCCGGCGAAUCCUUUGCUGUUCCUCUAUGCCUACUGUAAGAGGGCCGCGGAUCCGGAGAGCUUGGAGGGACUCGCGUGGUAUCUCUUGAGUGCCUGUCCACGGUCACGGCCAUGUUGGCACGACAACGUCUACUCAGCAUUCGGGGCGUUGCGGCGUCUCCGGCCUCUGCGUGGCGGAGUAGACCCCGAGAUUUUCCGGCACUUCUUCGACCUCUUGGCAGCCCCGCUUCCACGAGCGAUAGCCCAGGAGAUGGACCUUGACGUACAAACAGCAGGAGCAGGUGGCAGCAUCGCUUUCGACGACUUCCGUCGCAUCGUCGACGCGUGUCUGAAAGCCAAUGAGGAGCUUCAAGGUGCACAGUUUCUGUUCAAUAGCUGCGACGCCACAGGAAACGGGGAGCUCCCUUUCAAAGACUUCCUCAGCUCCCUGAUGGGCAUCUCGUCCAUUCUCGAGGGCACUGAGAUGCGACAGAGCUCGAAGAAGGGUGGCGGCACAGUGCGAACGGCAGAGACUUCUGUCGUGACACCGGCGCAGCUGGCGGCACGAGGCAGCUUGACCGAACUGCUUUCUGGCUUAGGACCAUUGCCGCCGCUGGACACCCUCCGCGAAGAGAUGCGAAACGUCUCGCCCAAGGACCGUGUCUCUGGGCCACAAGUGUUUGCUGCCCAGUGGAAGCUCCAGCAUAGUGCCGCCAAAGAAGUGGAAAAAGGGCCCACUCUGGUUCGCCGCAUCGCCAAGUGCUCCUAUAUGCCACAACCCGCUUGGCACGUGACGCCGCCGAAUGAGACGGUCAUUCAGCACAGGAAGCUGCAUGCAGAGUGCUCCGACAGGUCCUGCGAAACAUGGGUGCUUCCGUCGCAAGCUUUGCAGCCGCCAUCUCAGGAUACGGCCGUCACUUCCCCGCGCCCGAGCGCGAGGAAGCAAGUUCAGACACCUCCUGUGGCGAGCCCGUUGAGAAGCGCUGGCCUCUCUGCUCGUGAUUCUCGCGAAGACGACCUCGAAGCCUUCGACGAGCUCUGCCAGGACGCCGCGGCCAGGGAGCUGGCGCACCUUAUCGUCGGGCCGCCAGAAACCCAGCCCCUCGAAGGCGUGGACGAGCCGUGCCAGCGAGCAAGGACGGUUGCACACCUACUGCUCUCCGGCUCCAGCGAGAAGUCUCGGAACUGGCAGCCGCCCCACCUUUGCCGGCUCUUCAUGCUGCGACGCGCCCGGCGUCGCGUGAGAGCGGUGCGGCAGGUCAAGACGGUGCUUGCUCUACGGGCGGAGCUGCUGAUGCAAACUGUUUACUCGGCAUGGCGUGGCCGUGCGCAGCUAUCCCGCCACGUUCAGCACAGCCAGUUCUCCGCCAUCGGCAGUCAUGUGAUGAUCCGUGGCAAAGCAGACGGUUUACCGAGGGCAGCUCGCCAUGUCUUCUCCCUCUGGAGCUGGGUCGCACUACGUGCUGCGCGCGUAAGGCAACAUGCCGAUUCGGCGGCUCAGCUUUCGGCCGUCAUGGUCUCCCGGGAGGAGCUUCGCCACGCGAGGCGUGCAUCCAUCAGAGGCCUCGUCAGCCGCGGCGAGGCUGCUUUCCGGCUGGUACUCCUCUUCUCUUCGCUUCAUGCAUGGUCGGAGCACUGCCGUCCGAGUCGGCGCAGGGAGCUCUCCGGGGCCUUUGAAGCAGGCAAAGAGAUUGCUUCGACAAGAGGCGUUUCACAGGCUGCCCAAGAAACAGCAACUUUUGGAUUGGCGCGGCCGGCUCUGCUGGGGCGGAUCUUCCCUGCUUGGGCCUAUGCCAGCGCCCAGAGCGCGCGUCGGACGGCGGAGAGUCGAAUGGCUCAGGAUACGGCCGCGUACAUGCAACUGCAGCUGUGCCACGACCUGCAGCUACAACGGCUGUCCCAAUGGUUUCGGCAUCGACGCCUGGGGUCCACGAUGUUCCGUCACUGGCAUCAGGCGGUCAGUAAUCCAGCUGGCAGAUAUGUCUCUGCAAGUGCGAGGCGGAGUGCUGCGAGGCACUCUACUUCCAGGAUCACGGGUCCCUGCUUUGCAGCGUGGCGUCUGCAGAUGGAGGGGCUCCUCGUGAAGUGGCAGAUGGCCGCUGCAUGGCACCAGCGCACCACCCGCGUCCGGCAUCCGGAUAUGCUCAGGAGCAUACUCGUGGCAUGGAGCCAGCUGCCGAAGGAGCCUCUCCGCGAACCCGAGGCGGAUGAGGCCGCUCGAGCAGCUUCCCGCAGAGGGGCAGCAAUGCUUUCCCUCGGUCGGAGACUUUUGGAAACAGCCUUGCGAGAGGCGCGAGAGAGGCCUCUAUCCGACAGUGACUCGGUAUUUCAGAGCAUGUCGGAGGCCUGCGACGCGAGCUUUUUGGAGGACCCAGGUAUCGAGAGAUUCAAUCCGUUCGGAGUGGACGCCUGCGGAAGGACCUUGAGCCUGUCCUCGGACAGCUCUCACGAGGGAAAGCUGCGAUGA